GUGGUGGCUGCGGCGUCGGGCCUGCCGCAGAGGUGCCGCAACCAGCGCGAAUGCCGCAAUGUCAGGCCGACCGGCAGACCUCUCCGAGCCCCCGUGGGCGCCCUCAGGUCCCCAGUGAGGCCGCCCAGGGCCCAGGCGCCAGGAGUGAGGCGCCCCGCGAGGAGGCCCGCACCUGCUGCUGCUCCUACCGCUGCUCCUGCCGCGGCGCCGUCGUCAGAGCUGGCUGCGGCGCCCCUGAGUGAGGACGAGUUCGACGUGAAGCCGCAGGUGGGCGUGGACGGGUGGCUGGCGUCGCCCAAGAGGACGACGCAGCCCGCCAUCGAGGCCAGGACGGAGCCGCCCUCCAAGGCCGACAAACCCGGCAGCUGCGACACGCCCAAGGGAUUCGGGAUCAAGUGCAUGACGAGGCUGGACCAGUGCACGAAGGACACGAACCAAUGCUGCAUGGCGACGCGGCCACCUGCUGAUGAAGCGUUAACGUAA